AUGGAUUACAAGAAAUACCUCCCUGUCCCGCAAAUGACGGCCAAGCCGCCGUUCACCCUCCCUACCGUCAGCGCCUCAGCAGUUGACGGUGAAACCAUUCCCCGUCGACACCCCAAAGCAGUCAAUGGCUUUGUCUCAAUCCCCGAAGAAGGAUGUCACACUCUCUACGAUGUGCUCGUUCGCGCUGGUCAGAAAUUCGGUAACGAGAAUGCACUCGGGACGCGUCCAUUGCUCAAGAAGCACAUCGAGACGAAGAAAAUCAAGAAGAUGGUAGACGGAAAGGAGAGAGAAGAGGAGAAAGAAUGGACUUAUUUUGAGAUGGGCCCGUAUUCUUGGACCACGUUCAGCGAGUAUGUCGAGCUUGCUUUGCAAGUUGGUGCUGGAUUCCGGAAAUCUGGACUCACGAAGGGUGAUAAAGUGCACGUGUAUGCAGCUACUAGCAUGCAUUGGCUUGCAAUGGCUCAUGGAGCAGCAUCUCAGUCAAUGCCAAUUGUUACUGCAUAUGAUACGUUAGGAGAAGAGGGCUUGACGUCUUCGUUGGAAGCAACGCGUGCCAAAUUGAUGUUUCUCGACGCGUAUCUUCUGAAGACACUGAUCAAACCACUCCAGAAGGCGGACUAUCUCGAGGUUAUCGUUUACGACAAGGAUGAGGACCUCGUUAAAGAAGACUUGGAUGUACUUCUUGAGACACAUCCUAGGCUCAAAAUUAUCAGUUUUGAGGAGUUGAGGAAGUCCGGUGCAGAAAACCCAAUAGAUCCAGUUCCCCCCAGGCCAGAAGACACUUGCUGUAUCAUGUAUACAUCUGGAUCUAUUGGUGCGCCAAAGGGAGUAACAAUUAAACAUAGAGCCGUCGUUGGAUCGAUCGCUGGUGGCAGCCUUGCAAUUCACAAUAUGUGCGGCCCAGAUGACGUUUACCUGGCCUACCUCCCCCUUGCUCACGUCAUCGAGUACGCUCUAGAAAACUGCUGUCUAUUCUGGGGCGCACCAAUGGGCUAUGGCAGCCCCAAGUCACUAACCGACCUCUCAGUUCGCAACUGCAAAGGCGACCUGCGCGAGCUACAACCGACAAUCAUGGCCGGCGUGCCAGCAGUCUGGGAAAACGUUCGGAAAGGCGUUUCGAACAGGGUCAACGGCAGCAACGCCAUUAUCAAGAACAUGUUUUGGGGCGCUCUUUCACUCAAGAGUUUCCUCCUCUCGCAUCACAUCCCCGGAGCCAGCAUCUUGGAUAGCCUCAUCUUUCAUAAGGUUCGCGAGGCAACGGGUGGUAGACUAAAAUUGUGCGUCACAGGCGGUGGUCCGAUUUCAAAAGAGACGCAACAUUUCAUCUCCAUGGUCGUCUGCCUCCAAAUCAACGGCUACGGCCUCACCGAAACCACAUCCAUGACCGCGCUCUGCGACCCGCUGCAAUGGACAGUCGAUGCAAUCGGAGGCUUGCCCCCAACGGUGGAAGUGAAGCUCGUUGACUACGCCGAGGCCGGCUACCUUGCAAAGAAUAAUCAAGGCGAAGUAUGGGUUCGUGGUCCGACUGUAUUUGAGGAAUACUACAACGACCCUGAGGAGACGAGGGCUGCGAUUACGGAGGAUGGAUGGUUUAAGACGGGGGACGUGGGGGAGUGGGAUGAGAACUUCCACUUGCGGAUUAUUGAUCGGACGAAGAAUUUGGUGAAGACGCUGAAUGGAGAGUAUAUUGCUCUUGAGAAGCUCGAAUCGAUCUAUCGAACUGCUGCUGUUGUAGCAAAUAUCUGUGUCUACGCCUCACCCAACCAAGUCAAGCCUAUUGCAAUUAUUGUCCCGGCAGAGCCUGCUCUGCUUCAGUUAGCAAAGGAUAACGGUAUUGCUGAAGAACGAUCAGCGCUGUAUGAGAGUAAGAAGAUGCAAAACGUCCUGCUCAAGGAGCUGCAGUCGAAAGGUAGAGCUGGUGGACUGGCAUCGAUGGAGACAAUAGAUCAUGUAAUACUUGCGGAAGAGGAGUGGACUCCACAGAAUAAUCUUGUCACGCCAGCGCAAAAGUUGCAGAGGAAGAAUAUAUUGCAGAAGUAUCAGAAGGAGAUUGAUGCAGCAUUUGCGAGGGUUUGA